GGGGUGACGUCAUUCCUGAAUGUUAAGCAGCCAUUUUGUUAGCUAACUUCGCAGGUAGCCGGCGCGUGUAGUUGCUCAUUGUGAUUCGCUUAACCUCCUACUUCAAUUCCCGUAAUUUGUGUUAUUUGUGUCUCCGUUUGGCCAUAAGACGUCGGUAAGAGGAUAGCGUUUGUGUCUGUAGACUACAAAGCCGCCGUCGGAGUGGACGCUCAUUCAUUUUUCGAGCCGUCUCGCGUUUGCUAGCUUUCGUAGCUAGCAGGCAAGCUAACUUGUCUGCGGGAGAAAAAGUGACGCUUUUUAACGGCCGCCAGCUAUUAAAUGUUCCAUCCCUCGGAGCGGUGUGACGUUUUACUGGUUUGUUCUUGUUGCAAAGUCGAGCGACAAACUCCGGCGCAACAUUUGCGUAUCGAGCAAUAGCCCUUCGUAGCAUAUUAGCACACGCAGGCUUCAAGCUGGCCGCCAGUCUUUCAGAGAACAUGUCCGAGUUGUACAUUCGGGUGGCCGAAGAUGAGAACGAGGAGCCGAUGGAGAUCCCCUCGGAGGACGACGGCACGGUUCUGCUGUCGUCGGUCGCGGCUCAGUUCCCAGGGGCGUGCGGGCUCCGCUACAGGAACCCCGAGUCCCAGUGUAUGCGCGGAGUCCGGCUGGUGGAGGGUGUCCUGCAUGCCCCGGAGAGCGAGUGGGGGAACCUGGUCUACGUGGUCAACUACCCCAAAGACAACAAAAGAAAGAUGGAGGAAAUUGACGCCGCUUCAGCUGUUAAAAUCAAAAGGGGUUUUCAGAAGACAUCAGACUUGAUUGUCCUCGGCCUGCCAUGGAAAACCACAGAACAAGACCUGAAGGAAUAUUUCAGCCCCUUUGGCGAGGUCAUCAUGGUACAGAUCAAGAGAGAUGCAAAGGGCAACUCUAAAGGUUUUGGCUUUGUGCGCUUCACUGACUACGAAACCCAAGUGAAAGUGAUUUCUCAGAGACACAUGAUUGAUGGGCGAUGGUGUGACUGCAAGCUGCCCAACUCAAAGGCCUUACCAGACGAGCCAAUGCGCAGUCGUAAAAUCUUUGUUGGCCGCUGCACAGAAGACAUGACCCCAGAUGAACUGCGACAGUACUUCAUGCAAUACGGUGAAGUCACUGACGUUUUCAUCCCUAAACCUUUCCGUGCGUUUGCGUUUGUGACCUUUGCUGACGACCAGGUGGCUCAGGCGCUGUGUGGCGAGGACUUGAUCAUCAAGGGUGUCAGCGUGCACAUCUCCAAUGCGGAGCCCAAACACAAUAACAGUAGGCAAAUGAUGGAGCGAGGGCGCUUCGGGGCUGGCGGGUUCAGUCAGGUGUACGGCAGUAGUCGCGCAGGGCUAGGCAGCGGUAGCGGGGGGGUUAAUUUCGGGGCCUUGGGCUUAAACCCGGCCAUGGUGGCAGCUGCGCAGGCGGCGCUCCAGAGCAGUUGGGGCAUGAUGGGUAUGCUGGCUAACCAGCAGGGUAUGACGUCUGCUACGGGCACACCCUCCACCACCAGAGAUCAAACAUAUAGUUCCACCAACACCAAUUACAGCGGCGGUGGCGGCACCUCCGCUAGUCUGGGCUGGGCUGCAGGCACUAACUCCGCCUCCAACAGUGGUUUCAACUCCAGCUUUGGUGCCUCUAUGGAUACUAAGUCUUCAAAUUGGGGCAUGUAGAUAACAUUUAAGUUGAUUCUAUAAUAGGCUAAUCUGGUAAGUACAAGCGGGGAACUGGGUAUAAAACACACUGCCUUUUUUUGUUAACUGUGUGUGACUGAUGUGUAGUUGGACUGGGGUUAGUUAGACCGUUUGAGAUACAGUAUGUGCAUGCAAGAUUAUUUAUAAACAUGCGCCUGUCACAUUAGUGCUAUAAGACGUGAUUAUGUUCUGAAUGCAGUGCAUCUUUUUUUUGCCAUCUGAUGGAAACGCCUUGAUGAACGUCUCUCCUGCAGUUCACCAACUCUUUCGCUCUCUCCCGGGAGGAAGCGCCUCACUGGCAGCAAUGUUCUACAGAUCUCAGUAUCAGUUGCCCUCCUCGCACGUCUAAAUGCUUUGCCAUCAAAGAACACAAGCUUCACUCUGCAUUUACUGUGCUCGACGGUGGGUGUUGCCUUCUAUUCCUCUCCCUUUGUCAUGGACUUCUUGUCUGAGAUCGAUGAGUGGGAUGAUGUGCAGCGAGCGAGUGCAACGUGAACGAAAGCACGAGUGAGGAAAGACUGCUUGUUUUUCUUUUGGCUAUUUUUUUUUUCUUUUUCUUGUGGAAAGGACAAAUGCCUGCAAGAGUUGGAAGAACCUGUGUCUUUGUGCGAGUGAGUGUGUCCCUAAUGGUCAUCACAAGGACAUUAAUCCACUCUUUCUCUCACCAUUUCCCAGCCCGAGUAGUGCUUAAGUAUAAACGGUCACAUGCUUGUUUCCUCUAGAUGUCUAAUUCAAUGUGGACUGUUGUGUGUCUGUCGUGUGCUUUAUUUUCUCUCUGUUACCACCCUCUGUGUGUGAAGAUCAGACCCGUGCUGCUUGAGUGUUGGGGGGGGGGACGUGUGCUGCAGAUGUGGUAAAUGUUUGACAUGGUCCUCCUGGAAGUUUGAGUUUUGAAUGAGGGUCCUUUUCUAUGUUUUGUCAAUGGAAAAUAAAAUAAAAAGAGAAUUUGACUAGUUAA